AUGCUCCCCACCGAUCCCGUCCCCGAUGAUGCAGCCUCGGCUUCUCCAUGUGCUCCAUCAGGACCCGCCACCCCUACUCCUUGCGCUGUGUGUACGAAGCCCGAUUCUCUGGCUCCCUCGGUUGCAUCUCCUACAUAUGAGUCCCCUACUGUUGCUUCCCCAGGUCCCGAACUCGAGUCGCCUUCCGGGUUUGACUCCGAACCAACCAUUGAUCCUGCUGUUGAAACCGUCUCCGAGUCUGGUUCGUUGUCUGGUUCCGGGCCUGCUUCACCUUCGGCCCCUCGUCCGCCCCCGCCUUCGCACCCAAUGACCACGCGUGCCAAAGCCGGGAUUUUUAAGCCACGCUACCAUACUGAUUUGGCACAUUUAACCUCUCAUGGCUUUUUUCGCAGGUUUUUUCUGCUGAACUUCAUCGCCUUCAUCUCCACAUCCUUUCACUGCAUUCCUCCAUCUCUCUCCCUCCGUCUAAGAGAAACCCUAAACGAAGGCUUCAACCAUCUAUCCCCUUCAACUACCUGCUUCACUCUAUUCAUUCUCUCUAACCUUAAACCAGAGGUGUGCUCACCAUUUGUUUGUGGAAAGUCCACCGCUCAUUUGUUCAGAUAUGGAAGUCAUCGUCUUCUUCUUCGUUUUCACAUCCGCCAAUUGCCUCCUUCCGUCAACGCCAGUGUUAGACGAUGCUACUUUCUCCAUCAUCUAAAAACCCUAAUCCACCUAAAUGAUGAUUUUGAAAAUCAAUGAUUUUGGGGUAUUGAUUAUCUUCUAACCAGGUAAAUACGUCCAAAGGUCCAAAUUCAUGUUCAGUAAACCAUUUUUGUUAAAAGGAAGCUCUUUAAUCUUCAACCAGUGAAAAAUUUAACAACCAUUAUUCAUUAUAUGGUUUUCUUAGAUUGUAUUAAUCGACUUAGGUUUGAGAUAUGUUUUAAUUUUCCUUCAUAUUCACAGAACUAUGUUCGAGUUUGUUUUUUUAUUUUCUCAUAUUUGUGGCCAAAAAAGCUUGGCCAGACAUGAAGUUAAGAAGAAUGUGUAGAUCUGUGACCAUUAAAGUUUGGCCAAACCCUAACCCAACAUGCGAUUUACGUAAGUAUAAUUUCAAUUUGGUGGCUGAAAGUAACCCUCGUUAUGAUUUAUGUUUUUUUUACUGAUUGUAUAUUCUUUUAUUUCUUUUCCAUCUUUAUUUGUAUCUAAAUCUGUUUGUUUUGUUUCCAAAGCAGGAUAUGUUCAUACGUGGAUAGCCUUUUACUAAAAUCAAAAUUUGUUUGUUUUGAUCUAAUUUAUUUUGUUUACAUAUCAUUGUUUUGAUAAAGUACUAGGUGUAAAACUCAUGUAUUACAUGGGUUCAUUUAAAAGAAAAAAUUAAAUAUGAAAUUCUAAACAUUUAAAAGUUUGAAUUUAAUAGAAAAUUAGAAAAAUAUUGAAUUAUUAUAAUUAAUGUGUUUUUUCUUUUUUAAAUUUAAACAAAUAAUUUAGAUAAAUAAAUAAAGGAAACUAAUGAGGUUUUAAUUUGCAGAUUUUAAAAUUAAAAGGAAAGUCAAUUAAUGAAAUUGAUAUGCAUUUAUUAUUAUAUUAUUGUAAUUAUUACAUUUAAAUAUUAUGUGGAGUUUGAUAAAAUAAAAAAAAACCAGAAAAUGCCAUGUGGAAACAAUUUAAUUGAAAAUAACCACAAAAUGACAUGUGGCCAAAUCAAUGAGAGUGUGACAUGUGGCAAAAAGAUUUUCAUUUAUUAUAGUAGAUAAGUAUUUGUUAUUUUCUAUUUUCAGUUGACUUUUGGCAUCUGGUAGACGAUGAUUUUGCAUAAAUAAUCUUAUGGUUUCUUACAAAUUGAAUGUAAGAUAUUCUCUGUAUUUUUUAAAAUUUUAGGUUUUUUCUAUAUCUAUCAAGAGCAAGGAGCUGUGAAGGCUCUAAAUAAGAGCUUGCUUGUAAGGUGGAGGUUACACAUGGCUGAAUGUACAUUUACCCACAUGUAGCUGCAUGAGGCUGGAAUAACACAACACAUUCUAGUUGGUUCCUUGGCUUCUAUAUUUGCAAAUGCUCCUCCAACAGAAAAAAGAACAGAAAAAAGGGUUUUGCUAGCCUUCUAGGAUUCUUUAUAGCUUCUGUAUUGGAUUGUUAUCGCUUCUUUAGUGUCUUUUUCAACUUGUAAUGUUGAGCUCUGUUUGUUUAAGUACAUGAAAUCUUGAUUUCUUAUAAAUAAGUAAAACACCAGUUAUGCCCU